AUGCAUUGUCUUUUGUCAAAUCAAAGAAUUGUUUUUCUUUUCUCUACAGCUCUAAGGGACCUUCCAAGCGAAGUCGCUCUCCUCAAUCUAAACGAGCCUCUUCACCUCCAAAGUCUGAGAGUUCUAGAAUCUCUUGUUCUUCAUAUAGAUACACUGAGCAGGAAUGUGAACGAAGGCCAUCUGAAAGAAAUAUUCGGCAAUUUUGGUGAAAUUAUUCAUGUUGAACUUGCGAUAGAUCGAGCAGUUAAUCUUCCAAGAGGGUAUGCAUAUGUUGAAUUCAAGGCAAGAGCUGAUGCGGAGAAAGCACAGCUGUAUAUGGAUGGUGCCCAAAUUGAUGGAAAGGUUGUCAAAGCAAAGUUUACGCUACCACCACGCCAGAAAGUAUCUCCACCUAUCAAACCUGUUUCAAGUGCGGCGAAGGGAGAUGCUAAAAAAUCUGAUAAUGUUGUUGCUGACAUUGAGAAAGAUGGCCCUGGGUGCCUGAAAGAAACUUCUCCACAACCGAAAUCGUUAUUAUCUCCAAGAAGACGAUCACCUCUGCAUAAGAGGGGUGGAUCACCAAGGGGAUUACGUGAUUCUCCUCCACCAAGAAGGCUAGAGUCUCCUAUCCGCUGUAGAGCUGAACCUCCAUCUAGAGGCCGUUCUCCAUCUUCUCCAAGGUUAAGGUCUCCUCCAAGGGGUGAUUCCCCUCAAAGGAUCCGUGGGAGUUCUGCUCGAAGUCGUUCUCCUCUUCCUUUUAGGCGGCGGUCACCUCCAAGGCGGCAACGCAGUCCUCCGAGAAGAUCUCCAAUCCGCAGACGUAGCCGGUCACCAGUUCGUAGGCCUGCUCGUUCUCGUUCAAGGUCAAUAUCACCCCGCAGGGGAAAAGGUCCAGCUGGAAGACGGAGAAGGUCAUCUUCCUACUCUAGUUCCCCAAGCCCCCGUAAGGCUUCUAGGAGGAUAUCAAGGAGCCGCAGUCGUAAGAGAUAUCUUUAUGCAAUUGGUGUCAUGAGGUGUUUGCCUGGUCCUUAG